CGAUCUGCAUCAUCCAAGAGCUUCACCGGUGCCUGCGUGCUGUUGUCGGCAUCGUGCUGCGAGGCGUCCACGCUCUGCUCGGCCCAAAGAGCUGCACAAAAUGUCGGCCUAGGGGAGUUCAGUGCGUCUGCAGCGUGCUUGCCCGUCAUGGGCUCAUCAUGCUACGUAAACAAUGCGUUUACCACGGAGCGGCUGAGCAACGCCUCGAACGUGCUGCAUUUUCUCCUGCUGGGCAGCCAACACGAGGAUCCUGUUGUUGUGGCCCAUGGGAUUGAGAUGCAUGUCUUGGGUGAUCUCAACAACAAUUUCUGCAGUUGCUGCAGUUCCAAGUUGCUGCAGGCCUUGUGUUCCAAUGGCUUCUGAUCAGUGAAAACAUCUUGACAGAAAUGAAGAAGGUGCCAACCUUGGGAGGGAGUACUUUGCUUCCUCCCGCUCCCCCGAAUGCACCAUCGACGUGGCCGCCAUGGAACCGAUACAGGAAAACGGAGGUUCGAAGGUCAAAACUCAUUCCGUAGGCUCGACAAUUGUCUUUGAUGCCGCCCCCGAGCCAAGAAGCGUGAAGCGGCCGCGUCCGGGAAGGUCUUGUAACGAGUGUCGGAGACGCAAAUUGAAGUGUGACCGAUCAGUGCCGUGCUCUCAGUGUCAGAGAUUUCGAAGAGAAUGUAUAUAUGCCGACCAGGAGCGCGGCGCUGGCUCAGAUGCUUCUGACGUCGACGUCGCCGAGCGCUCUGUCAAGCGUACAAAACAAUCAAAGGGAGCCCAUGGCGGCGAACCUGAGCCUCACUUAGCCCGACCCAACAACUCGGAGCACCAUCCCAAGGUUCCAUCAGGGAUGGAAGACAUCUCGGCCCGCCUGGACCGUCUCGAGAGGAUCGUCUUGGGGAUCCAUCGACCCACAAGCGACCUCCCGCCGCCCACCCGGAGCUAUUCGAUAGCAGGAAACCCAGAAGCUCGGAGUGUCGGGAAAAGCAGCAUCCAAUCGCUUUGUGAGCUUUGCGACAAGGACAGCGAAUUUUUGUCCCUGAUGAUGAACAGGGUCAGGUUCGUUCAACAGCUUGUCGAUCUUAACCAUGCAUACCGAAGCUUGAAAAAGGAGCAUAGAAGAGCUGUGAGACCCAUGACAGUAUUCGUCGAGUCCACGAAGCCCGUCCAAAAGCGCAUGGCCCACAUCAGGCCUCCCCGGCCAGAGUGCGAUCGGCUGGUAAAGCUGUACUUUACUGUAUCAGAGAGCCUACACCGAGUGAUUGUAGAUAUUCCGUCCUUUGAGCAGGAAUAUGCAGAGUACUGGGAUGGCGAGUGCCGCAACGAAGGCUUUCUCCCACGACUGCUCUGCAUGCUCUGCAUCGCCGCUCGGUUCGGAACAGAUUCGCGUGGACUUGGCCACGACCGAUCUGCCAGCAUUCAUAUUCCCACAGCUUGCGUCCUCGUGCGAAACUGGCUGGACGAGGUCAGGAGAAAGCAAAUGGACGACUUGACAUCAAUAGAAACCGAGCUCCUCCUUCUCCUCGCGCUAGGAACAAUCAAGCCCCAGGAGCAAUCCUCAUGGGCCCAGCUCGGGUACGUUAUCCGGAUAGGGAUGACAAUGUCUCUUGGCUGCGAUCCCUCUGAACUGCCAGUCGUGCCUGGGUUUCUUGGAGAAUGCCGCCGCCGACUAUGGUUUACCAUCAUGGAAAUGGACCUCCACCUGUCCCUGACAUGCGGCCUCCCCUGCGCCAUCAGGCAAGGGGAAUACACAUGCAAGCCCCCUAAGGACCUGGACGGCUCCGAUCUGCCGCCCACCGCAAGCUCCCUACCAGAUUCAGAGCCCCUCGACCAGCCCACAGGAAACCAUUCCCAAGCCGCCCCCGCGCAUACCCUCCCUGUGCGCAUGGAAGCCGCCGCCCUCAUCGCCCGCAUCCACACCUUCGGUGACUACACUCCCGUCCUGGAAGCGGGCGCAAGGCUUGAAAAGAUGCUCGACGGUGUCAAUUGCCAAUUUCGUCGCCCUCGUCUGGGGGACUACGGACAUCAACGCCCUCAAAAUGUCUUCAAGGACAAGGACCCGGACCACGUGGUGACCAAGGAAUGGCGCGAACGGGGGGUCCAGCUGGAGAUGCAACUCCGCCGGUCGCUGCUCGCCCUCUACCGGCCAUUUGCGUUAGGCUCAACCAACUGCCCCGAGCAAAUCUCCCAGGGCUACCUGAUAUCCUCCGUGGCCGUGCUCCUGGCGUAUCUAGAGCAGAGCGACCGCGAGACAAACCCGGGUCCUGGCUCCGACGAGGCGGGAGAUGCGCUUCGACCUUACUACUCGCGCUUCUGGACGAUAACGCCACGGGACGUGAUAGAUUCCGGGCUCGCCGUUUGCUGGCACAUCAAGACUACUGCUUCCCCUGAAAUGGACAGCCGAGGGGCUCCCUGUACCGCUACCCGCUCUCCACCACGGGGAUGGACCGCCGCCAAUCAUCACCCUCGCCCUCACCCACCCCGCAGCUGCAACAACAACAACAACGGUGGUGAAAGCAGCCGUACCAGUAUCAGUACUAGUAUCAGUGGUAGCAAUCACCCCGACAAGGAUGCCGCCUGGCAAUAUCCCUGGUCAGUCCCAACCCUGGUCCAGACCGUCGAGCUGACCAUAGACCGGCUCAUCCGGGACGAGGCAGUCAGCUGCGCGGGGGGGUUCUAUCUGAAAGAAAUCGUGGCGCUGGCGAUUGUGCUAGGGUCCGUGUCGGUGUCGGGAGGGGUGCGGCAGCAGCAGCAGCCCACGGAAGAACAAGAACAAGAACGGCUUGAUGAUGAACGUGAGCAUGAGCAUGAGUAUGAGCAGAGGCUGGCGCGGGCUGAGGCAGGUGUGAGACGGGUGCUGGAGGGUUGUUUGCAAAGUAUUAAUAUUAAUAGUAAUCGUGGCGGUAGCGGCAGGGCUUUUCAUGGCUUGCCCGAUUCGUCUCCAUCGUCGGAAUUGCCUUUGAAUGGGCGGGUGGUAAACUCUGGGACGUAUAGGUUUGGGAAUGAUGAGGACAAAUUCACCUGGGGCAAGUUUUUCUGGUGGUGGGAUUCUCCUGAUGUCGAGCCCCGGAGAUGGUCUUGGAAAGGUUCGCGAUAGACUGUUCGCCAUGAGGAAAGGAAGAGGGAUUGGGCUGCUGAGGGCAGUGGAUGAUGGUUGCCAAUGGUGGCAGAAGUCCUAGGUUCGGCGUUGCUUGUGCUAUGAGGAGGGAGAUCUGUAUAUAUGCCACAUUGCGGGCGGCAUUUCUCGCAGCUUGCAGUUUCUAGGGAUAAGGUCAUCCUGUCUUUCGAUGUCCGGGUUUUGGCCGGGAUAGAUGACGAGCUGGAGAACAUGUUGGCAUGUGCACUCACACACGCUGGACAUUUAUUCAUGUUUGAUCCACCAUCAGCUGUAACGGGUCUUGUUCCUUCUAGAUGUACUUUAUCCGCAAGAUCUUCCAG